AUAGUCAAAGGGGUCAAAGCCUUUCUGUUCAUAGAAUUGCAACACAUUUGUUUACCGUUUUAUCAUUUUUUUUAGAAUCUGGUUUAUUUUAUUUAGCACAUUUGUUUUAAUACAUUGGAUCAGAAUAACUACAUUUUCAGUAUAUACAAUGUGUGAUGUUUUAGUGAUGAUGAACUUCAACACGAAACGAAAACGACUGCGGUCUGAUGACGGCGGGGAUUAUCACGUUCAGCGCAAAAUGUUCGUCAAUCAACAACUAGUUGACCGACAGGAUGAGCAGAAAAUGAAGCAAAUUCACGCGAAAACAAUUAAUAUGCUGUUCAUGGGCUCGAGGAAAGCUGAUGCGAAACCACUUCUUUGUCAGCGUGAGUGCUUGAAGCACGUGCGUUUGCUAGGUGGUGGCGAAUAUGAUUUUGAUAUAAAUAAUUGUCCUGCCUGGGUAGAGAAAAAAGCCGACAGAAAGUGUCGUAUCUGCGAUCGGCAGUCGCUCGUUCACGCUGACUGCAUCAACUGUAAUCUGGAACUCUGUGAGUUCUGUGGAAUCAGUUGCAACUAUUGCCCGGAGAAAAUCUGUAUGAACUGCGUCAAUAUUUUCAAUUGCCGAAGUUCAGAUGUUCCUUGCUGUGAGCGGUGCAAAAUCUUCAACUGACCGCUUUGGACAUGCUGUGCUGUUAAAAAUAGUUGUUCUGCAAUAAUUUUUGUUAUAUAGAGGAUAAUACGUUAAUAAACUGGUUGUAAGCCA